AUGGCUGUUCCGUCGAAACGGAGAGCUGAUGAUGGUGGUUCUUCGUCUGUUCCUCCCUCUGUCGGCUGUCGGUGCAGGUCUCGACGUUUACAACCAUUAUCUCUUCUUCCCGACUACAUGGAUUGUGGUGAUUGUACGUGUGUUUGUGCCUACUGCGGUGCGUUGUUCCGGUACAUUGAGAGAGUCGUUAAUACAUCUACAGCUGAUCCUCCUAGAUAUAAUCAUUGUUGUAGAGGUGGAGAUGUUGUACUUCCUUAUCCUUCCAUGUUUCCCACCGACUUUGUUGCUCUGUAUCAAAAUUCGGGUUUUUUAAGGGAUAUUGGGGCUUAUAACAACAUGUUUUCUAUGACUUCUUUUGGGGCAAACGUAGAUGAGGAUGUGAAUGAUAACCAUGGUCCUUAUGUUUUUAAGAUAUCUGGUCAGAUUAGCCACAAGAUUGGGUCCCUCUGUCCGGAUCCUAUAAAGGGUCCGAGGUUUCUGCAACUAUACCUCUUUGAUACUGGGAACGAAGUAGAGAACAGAUUGAGGCCUUUUGAUCAUCCUUCAAAGAGCGAUUUAGAUUGUAACAUUGUCAGCUAUUUGGUCAACUUUUUGGGGGCUAAUAACGAAUAUGUGCGCACCUUCAAGACUGCAAAACAAAUAGCAGAAGAAAGUAAUUUACAGUCAUAUGCGGUGCGACUCUUUAACAAUGUUGCGGAUCGUAGGUAUGAUUUGCCUUCGUCUGGGUCUUUGGGUUGUAUAGUAACUGGUGAUGACACAAUCUCUACAACAUAUGACAUCAUUAUCCAUUCGCAAUCAAGUCGGCCUCAACGUACCAGUAAGCUGCAUCCAAGCUAUAUGCCAUUACAAUACCCGCUUUUGUUUCCAUAUGGUGAAGAAGGUUGGUCACCCCGUUUGAAAAUUGGAAAUAGGAUUGGUGCAACAGCUCGAAAUCUUACCGUCAAUAUGAAUUAUGCCUAUCAAAUUCAUGCCCGUCAGCAUAUCUGGUCUCCUAUUGUAAACUCAUCUCGGCUCUUUCAACAAUAUUUGGUUGAUGCAUACACAUGUAUAGAAGAAUUUCGUCUUGAUUACAUUGUAAAACAUCAAUCUAAUCUUCGGUCUGAUUAUGUUAGCGGCCUGUAUGAUGCGCUUUCGAAGGGACAUAGGGAGGCAAGUGUUGUUGGCAAACGUGUAUUCUUACCAGCAUCAUUUACCGGUGGUCCCCGAUUCAUGUAUAGUCAUUAUCAAGAUGCACUUUCUAUAUGUAGGGUGUAUGGCAAUCCACAAUACUUUAUUACUUUUACAUGUAAUUUGAAAUGGCCAGAAAUAACUCGAUACAUGGAUACACAUAUGCAAGGAGAUGUUCACAGCAGAGCUGAUAUCAUUGCUAGAGUGUUCAACAUCAAGGUUCAUGAGUUUGUUCGGUUUCUAAAACAGGACAAAACCUUUGGCGAGGUUGAAGCAUAUUUGUACACUAUGGAAUUCCAGAAGAGAGGUCUUCCGCAUUGUCAUACUUUACUUUGGGUAAACAGUUCAGACAAAAUAAAAAAUCCGAUUGAUAUUGACAAAUAUAUUACAGCAGAGUUGCCGGAUCCAAUUAACGAGGUAGAAUUGUACGAGACGAUAACAAGUUGCAUGAUUCAUGGCACGUGUGGACCGCUUAAUGAAAAGGCUCCAUGUAUGAGGGAUGAUAAAUGUACUAAACAUUUCCCUCGACCCUUUGUUGACAGUACAUUCUUUGACAGAGAGGGAUAUGUACGGUACAAAUGUAGCGUAGAUGCACAUCAUACUACCCGAUAUGGACAGGUUGUAGACAAUGGAUAUGUGGUGCCCUACAAUAAAAGGCUUUGUUCCUGUUUCCGUGCACACAUCAAUGUUGAAUACUGUGGCUGGAAUAUGAUGAUUAAGUACCUGUUCAAAUAUAUUUCCAAAGGAGCUGAUCGCAUAAGAUACACACUCCAAAAGGCAGAAUCAACCAAUCAGUCAUCUGCAGCGCUGCCCACUACUAGCCAUAACAGAUCCGAAAAUGAAGAUAUAUGUGCUGUAAACGAGGUACAGAACUUUUUGGAUGGGCGCUACAUAUGCCCACACGAAGCAGCAUGGCGAAUUUUAGACUUCCGUAUACAUCAACGUCAUCCAGCUGUACAGAUUCUAACUGUACAUGAGGAAAACAUGCAACAAUUGUUGUUCAAUGGAGAAAACACAAUACCUGAAAUACUAUCAAAUCCGAACAGUAAUAUUACCACCCUACUUGCGUGGUUUGAAAGUAACGCAAGAGAUGCAACAGGUUGUGAUUUGACAUACCUGGAUUAUCCAAAACCUUACAAAUGGGAAAAGUCAUCUAAGUCAUGGAGUCGAAGAAUUUAUGACUCAUCAAAAACAGUAGGUCGGAUUGUAUUCGUACAUCCUACAUCCGGCGAAUUAUUUUACUUACGGAUGCUACUCUGCCACCAAAAGGGAUGUACAUCAUUUCAAGAUUUGCGCACCAAGCUUCCAUCUGGGCAACUGCAUCACAGUUACGAUCCCUUUUCUGCCACCUAUUGCUUUUCUGUGAGGUCAGCAAUCCAUGUUUACUAUGGGACAGUGCAUUUGCUUCAUGAUUUAGAUAAUAUGCUCCGUUCUGCUGUUCCAUCCAAAUCAAUGGGAGAUUUUGGCCUUCCCGUUCCUUCAGCUGAUGUCAUUGGUAUUUUACAAAAUUGUCUUCUACUCGAAGAAUUGAGGUAUGACAGGGAAAGGCUGAUGAAAGAGCACAAUGAGCUGGUGCCAAAAUUAAACAGUGACCAAAGAUCAGUCUAUAAUACAGUCGUUAGUUCCAUAGAAAACAAAAAACAAAUACUGAUGUUUGUUUAUGGACAUGGGGGUACUGGCAAGACAUUCCUAUGGACAACCAUUCUUUCCUAUUUCAGAUCCAUAGGAAAGAUUGUAUUGGCUGUUGCUGCUUCUGGAAUUGCAUCACUUUUGCUACCUUCUGGAACAACAGCACAUUCAAGAUUCAAGAUACCUAUCGACUUAACAGACAAAAAAUCAUGUGAUAUUAAAAAACGCUCCUUCCUUGGAGAACUUAUGCAACGUACAACACUCAUUAUUUGGGAUGAAGCACCAAUGAGUGACAGAAGGUGCUUUGAAUUUUUGGACCGCUCACUUAGAGAUGUGCUAGAUUGUGAUCAACAACCAUUUGGAGGGAUAUCGAUGCUUCUCGGUGGUGAUUUCCGCCAGACUCUUCCCGUUGUACCAAAAAGCACACAUUCGGAAAUCAUUGCACUAACUUUACCGAGUUCAUACCUAUGGCCAUAUUUCAUGGUUCGGAUUUUACCUACAAACAUGAGACUACAAUCAUCUGACAUAACAACUCAAAAUUCAAUGUCCACAUCAGCUUUUGCAAGAUGGUUGCUAGCUAUUGGAGACGGAAUCAUAGGUAUACCAGACAAAGACGACCCACGUGAUUCAAGUUGGGUACAAAUUCCAUCCUCACUCCUAAUAUCUGCCACUCCAAACUCUCUACAGACGUUGAUAGAUUUUGUUUAUGGAGACGGUAUACUUAUCGACCCCACUGCUGCAGAUCUUUCAGUAAGAGCAAUAGUUUCUCCUACAAAUGAGACAGCCGACGAAAUAAACACCCACAUUUUAAAAAUCGUGAGAACAAGUGGUAGAACAUACAAUAGUACAGACAUCAUGGAACCAAAUGGAAAGCAUACAUCAGAUAUGGAAGGCUUGUAUCCAAUUGAAUACCUAAACCAACUAAACAUUCCAGGAAUACCACCACAUGAGCUUACAGUUAAAAUACAUUGUCCAAUAAUGUUAAUAAGAAACAUAAAUCAGAGGGAAGGUUUAUGUAACGGUACCCGACUCAUUGUCUCCCAAUUGUUACCAAACGUUAUCGAAGCAACCAUCAUAACCGGCACUUGCAUUGGAAAACGUACAUAUAUACCACGGAUAAAAUUCAUACACAAAUCAUUAGAUUUCCCAUUCACGUUUUCACGAAAACAGUUUCCAGUGAAAGUUUGUUAUGCGAUGACUAUCAACAAGAGUCAAGGACAGUCACUGUGUAGAAUAGGCAUCUAUUUGUCACAGCCCGUCUUCGCACAUGGACAACUUUAUGUAGCACUAUCCCGAGCAACAUCACCAGAUUCCAUAAAAAUACUAAUAAAGACCAAUGACACAGUGGAAGAGAAUCAAACCAAAAACCUUGUCUUCAAAGAUUUAUUGCAGAAACUUACUUCAACAGAGGUCUAUAGUAUCACUACCUGUCAUACCUUUCGUGAACACUUUUCUAAAGACCAUUACUACUUUUUGAAAUAG